AUGGCCAAGGUCGAUACCUCGUCUCGGCUUUCUAAGCUGAGGGCUCUGAUGGAAGAGCGAAGCGUUCAUGUGUAUAUCGUUCCGUCCGAAGAUAGCCACAGCUCCGAGUACAUUGCCGACUGCGAUGCUCGACGCGAGUUCAUAUCGGGGUUCACCGGCUCUGCAGGCUGUGCUGUUGUGACGCUCCAAGCCGCCGCCCUGGCCACCGAUGGACGCUACUUCAACCAGGCCUCCAAGCAACUCGAUGAUAACUGGACCCUGCUCAAGCAAGGCCUCCAGGACGUGCCGACGUGGCAGGAAUGGGCCGCCGAACAGUCGACCGGUGGCAAGACUGUUGCCGUCGACCCUACUCUUCUUGCAGGCCCGGCCGCCAAGAAGCUUGCCGAGCAGAUUCGCAAGGCGGGUGGCUCAGACCUUGUAGCCCUCGAUGAUAACCUGGUUGACCUUGCCUGGUCUGACGGCCGGCCCUCGCGCCCCCGCCUGGCCGUCACAGUCCUAACCGAUGAUGUUGCCGGAAAAUCAGUUCAAGGCAAGAUUGCCGAUCUCCGCCAGGAGCUGGCCAAGAAGAAUUGCCCCGGAUUCUUCGUUUCCAUGCUCGAUGAAGUGGCGUGGCUUUUCAACCUCCGCGGCAGCGACAUCCCUUACAACCCCGUCUUCUUCUCCUAUGCUACCGUCACCCCGCACGCGGCAACUCUCUACAUCGACGAGUCCAAACUUGAUGAAGGGUGCAAGGCGCAUCUGGCCGCCAACGAUGUCAACAUACGUCCUUACGAUGCCUUCUUCCCCGACGCCCGGGACCUGCAUGCUGAGAUUAGCGAGAAGAACAACGCCGCAAGCGCGGCGGCACCCCAGAUGUUCCUCAUGUCCAACAAGGGCUCGUGGGCACUGCAGAGAGCUCUGGGAGGUGAAGGGUCAGUAGAGGAGAUCAGGAGUCCCAUCGGAGACUCAAAGGCCAUCAAGAACGAGACCGAGAUGGGGGGGAUGCGGGCGUGCCAUGUGAGGGACGGCGCAGCCCUCAUCGAAUAUUUCGCCUGGCUGGAGGACCAACUCGUGAAUAAGAAGGCCACGCUCGACGAGGUCGAGGCCGCCGAUAAGUUGGAAGAGCUGCGAUCCAAGAAGGGCCACUUUGUUGGCCUGUCCUUCCCUACAAUCUCGUCGACGGGACCCAACGCGGCAAUCAUCCACUACGGCCCGGAAAAGGGAAGCUGUGCGACAAUUGACCCAGGGAGCGUGUACCUCUGUGACUCGGGAGCCCAGUUCUUGGAUGGCACGACUGACACGACGCGCACGCUGCACUUCGGCAAGCCGACCGAAGCUGAGAGGAAAGCGUAUACUCUGGUGCUUAAGGGCGUCAUUGGUCUCGACACGGCCGUCUUUCCCAAGGGCACGACCGGCUUUGCGCUGGAUUGUCUUGCCCGCCAGCAUCUCUGGAAAAACGGCUUGGACUAUCGACACGGCACAGGUCACGGCGUGGGCUCGUACCUCAACGUCCACGAGGGUCCGAUUGGCAUUGGCACCCGAGUCCAAUACACAGAGGUCCCGUUGGCACCCGGGAACGUGCUCUCCAACGAGCCGGGCUAUUACGAGGAUGGCAAAUUUGGAAUUCGCAUCGAAAACAUCAUGAUGGUCAAGGAGGUCAAGACGGAGCAGUGCUUUGGGGACAAGCCUUAUCUCGGGUUCGAACACGUCACCAUGGUGCCUUAUUGCCGGAACUUGAUGGACACGAGCCUUCUGACAUCGGAUGAGAAGGACUGGGUCAACGCAUACAAUGCUGAGAUUCUGGCCAAGACCAAGGCGUUCUUUGAAAGCGACCCUCUAACUAUGGCAUGGCUUACUCGAGAGACGCAGCCCUUGGAAUGA